AGGCUUUACAUCACGUCAGGCCAACCAACGCGUGUCAGCCAAAUAAGGAACAUCUAACGGUGACACGUUUGGCGCAAAUAUUAUAUAAGGCGAGCAUUUGGCAAAGCUCGGACUUUCUGUGCGCAAACCUCUUCGCGUUCUAUUCCAGUUCUCUUAGUUGUUCAAGCAGCUCCUCCAGCAAAGGAAUGGCCAAUCGUAAAUUGAGGGGUCUGAAACCCGAGGAUGAGUACCCGGAUCUUAGUCAGCAUAAGAACCACAUGGCCAAGUUCUUAACCCUGGACUUGUACACCACGUUGAAGGCGAGGUCUACCCGCAGUGGCUUCACCAUCGAUGGUGUCAUUCAAACUGGGGUGGAUAAUCCUGGACACCCUUACAUUAUGACAGUGGGCUGCGUGGCUGGAGACGAGGAGUCCUACGAGGUCUACAAAGAGCUGUUUGACCUUGUGAUCGAGGACAGACAUGGAGGAUACAAACCCACAGACACGCACAAGACUGACCUCAACCCAGACAACCUUGUGGGGGGUGACGACUUGGACCCAAACUACGUUUUGAGUUCCCGUGUGAGAACAGGCCGCAGCCUGCGCGGAUUCUGUCUGCCGCCACACUGCAGCAGAGGAGAGAGACGCGCUUUAGAGAAGAUCUCUAUUGAAGCUCUGGGGUCCCUAACCGGCGACAUGGCUGGAAAAUACUACCCCUUGAAGGAUUUGUCUGAGGCAGAGCAGCAGCAGCUGAUCAAUGACCACUUCCUGUUUGACAAGCCGGUGUCCCCUCUGCUGCUGGCCUCCAAGAUGGCCCGUGACUGGCCCGAUGGCAGAGGCAUCUGGCACAAUGAGAGCAAGACCUUCUUGGUGUGGGUGAAUGAGGAGGAUCAUCUGCGUGUGAUCUCCAUGCAGCAGGGAGGCAACUUGAAGGAAGUAUUUACCCGCUUCUGCGCCGGACUUGGAGAGCUGGAAGCCAGGUUCAAGGAGAAAGGCCAUGUCUUCAUGUGGAAUGAGCACCUGGGCUACAUUCUGACCUGCCCCUCCAACCUGGGCACCGGACUGCGUGCAGGCGUGCACGUCAAGCUGCCAAACAUGAGCAAGCACCCUGAUUUUGAGGAGGUUCUUAAGAGGCUGCGUCUCCAAAAACGUGGAACCGGUGGCGUGGACACUGAUGCUGUGGAUGGAGUGUUUGACAUUUCCAAUGCUGAUAGACUGGGCUUCUCUGAGGUGGACCUGGUGCAGAUGGUGGUUGAUGGUGUCAAGGUGCUGGUGGAAAUGGAAAAGAAUUUGGAGAAGGAAGAACCCAUUGAUGAUCUGAUGCCCAAUCAGAAGUAGAACCAUAAAUGUCCUUUACCACAUUACAAUUAUGGAAAGUACCACUGUACUGUCCUUAGCUCUUCUGUAAAGUUGAAAUAAAAUGUGGCUGGAUUGAUGCUUAAA